GGGUGAAGGGCCGGGGGGGGGGGUAGGAGCGCUAGUAAAGAUGGAGCGACGAUCGGAAUGGGAUAUCGGGAGGGGGAAGGAGAGAGAAAGACAGCUUCUCGUCAAAUGCGCGGGCUUUUUUCCGGGUGUGGUAUGUGCGUGUAGUAAACACCCCUUAGUCGGUACGGCAUAGACGAAAAAGAGAGAAAGAAAAAGAAAGAAAGAGAGAGAGAGAGAGAGAGAGAAAGAAAGAAAGACAGAGAAAGAAAGAGAGAGAGAGAGAAAGAGAGGGACGGAAAAUGCGAGUUAACGAAAAAGAAGGACGAACGUAUAUACGAAAAAGAGACAAAUCAACGAGUUUGACGAGCGAAGGAGAGUGUAAGAGAACGAAAGAGAGAGAGAAAGAGAGAAUGAGCGAGCGAGUGAGUGAGUGAGUGAGUGAGUGAGUGAGUGAGUGAGUGAGUGAGUGAGUGAGUGGUGAGUGAGUGAGUGAGUGAGUGAGUGAGUGAGAGUUACAUACACAGUGGUGGGGUAUAGAGAGACAAUGUGUGCGUGAGAGAGAGAGAGAGAGAGAGAGAGAGAGAGAGAAAGAGAGAGCGAGCGAGCGAGCGAACGAACAAACUCGGAGAGAGGGAGCACAGAGAGAAACGGUUUUGUCGAGAGGAAAGGAGGCGGCAAGCAUUGCCAGUGGAACGGACUGAGAACGAAAGCAGCAGCAGGAGAGCGAAGAGAGAAGGAAAGGAUCUCCGUCAAAAUGUCGCUGAAAACGCCAACGCGGAUACAGUGAUAGGGCUUUCAUCGUAUAUCACUGCGAUUUGUCGUAGUGUUAAUUGUAUAUGAAGAAAAUGGUGUCGACACGUCAAUCAAGUAGCAUAGGUGCAAAUAAUGGAGGUGGUAGUGUUAACGACAUCAGAGAAGUUAGUCCAUCGAGGAAACAUCAGGCAUCAUCCUCUGCUGGAUCUUCCAGUACAUCUUCUUCAGUUUCACCUCCUUCGAUGUGCAACUUAAGCCUUUUUGAUUUGCCGGUUGAAAUCAUUGAGAAGAUCUUUAGUUAUUUGAAUUAUAAUACUGUAGCACAUUUACGUCCAGUUUCUCAUCAAAUGGAUCGUGUCUGUGGAAACAUUUUAAAUUCGGCAUUUCAAAAACUACAAGCACAAAUGUUAAGUCGCUUUCAAGCGAUCAAAUCUCAAAUGCCCAGACGUGAAUCCGCACGUCGUAAUCAUCCAUUAGCAUGUGAAUCAGAUAUUAUAGAAACUCUACAUAUGCGACUUACUUUAUUACAAAUGUGUUUUGGUAAACACAUAGAAAGAAAACAUUGUUGCUUUUUUCCUGGAGAGAUAUUGGAUGAAGUUUUUCGUAUAUUACAUUAUAUAAAGGUUACUCCAAAAUUAGCACGACCUUAUAAAGUCACAGAUGAAUUGUUUGAUUUGAGUACUAUGGCUAUGGAAUAUUUUAAAGAACGAAUCGAGCCAAUGUUACCAGAAAUUCCUUAUUUUGGAGCUGAUUUUCUGGAUUUAGCAGGGACAUUCCCUUCUAGUAAUGUUAGUAAACCAUUUAUGUGCCUGGAUUCUGCGCCCUUAAGUGUUGGAAGCAGUAAAGCGGGGAGUGGUAGCGGGGAGGAAGGUUCUCCUCCACAUUCCUCCGAAGAUCCUGCUCUCUUAGAAACGAAUGUUUCACCUCCACAAUCAAAUAUGGUAUUACGGAAACGGAUUCGUAAAAUAAAACAAGGAAUGAAGAGAUACAACAGUCAGUUGACGUUAAUGCGUAGGGAUUUAAGGAGUUGUAAGGCGAAAAUAGCCGAACAACAGAAACAAAUUGUAGAGUAUGCUACGCGUCUCGACGACAAUGACAAAAAGAAUGAAGAGACAUCUCGCAAGUUUAGCACACUACUACAGGAAUUAAAUAAAUGCAAGACAGAACUACAAUAUUGGCGGUCUAAAUCCCCAGCGAUACCUGUUUGCGUUGGUUGUGGUCAAUCUAUGCCCGUACCUACGGAAGAUCUACAAGCUUUAGUCAAUCAAGGAGUAAUGCCAGAGGUAUUUGGAGAAGGAUUGGAUUUUAUCCCUAUAGCGGAUGCACAUAGUCCUACGGAAGUUGUUCAACAAGCAACCGUUACGCAAUCUCCAUCGCCAGGAGCACCUUCGGAACCUGCUGAGAUGGCACCACCUAAAGCACCUAUACCAACGGAUUCCUUAAAACGGAAAUCUAGCGUGGACGAAACACCGAGCGACUCUACGAAAAAACCACGUCGUACUGCCAAGUCUCGUCAGGCUAAACGCUCAAAGCUGUAAAUUGAUUCUGAUCAUGGUACAAAUAUCUAUCUAUUCUUAUAUCUCUGAUCGGUUUUUCCAAGAGAAGGUAUUUCAUUCUUAUUUUUCUUUAUUCUUUGCAUUAAGAAAAAUCACGCCAAUGUCACGUUCUGUUACGAAGAGACAACAUACAGGCAGGUGAUGGAUGAUCUUAGAAAAGUACAAAAUUCUUUCCCGAUCGUCCUACGACGCGCUUCGCAUGCAACGAACCCCCCCCCCCUCAUUUUGGAAAUUAAUAUAUGAUUGAAUUAUUUGUUCUUUUUUUUUUUAUUAUUAUUUUUUUCUCUUUUUUUUUUUUUUUUUUUUCUUUUUCCUUUUCGUUUGCCUUUUUUUUUCUCCCCUUCAUUCCACGGACGCACGACGGUGAUCGAUGCAGUUAGCUUAAAGUUUAUUUAUAUUGAAAACAAAAAAAAAAAAAAAAGAAAAA